CUCCAUAGCUAAUUUGCCAAUUUCCAUUUCCUUCCCCUCUUGACUGAGCUGCGUCGUUCUCUACAGUUUCUUCUCUCUACCUUUGGCUGUGUUGGGAUCAUCGUCUUCAUUUCAACAGGUUAAAUUUCGGAUUGGCACCAUCGGAGAGGCGUAAAAAAUCACCUCACUCGGUGUUGUUCACCUUGUCGGUCAACACCAGUGUUUUUCACCUGCCUGGCUGAUUUCGAUUUCGUCUCAGCCUCCGCGACAGCAAUGGCCGCGAUCUCUGUUCACCAGUUCGCUAAGUGCAUCACUUGCCACGCCUGGAGCCCUGACCAUUCCAUGGUUGCACUUUGUCCGAAUAGUGAUGAAGUUCACAUCUAUAGAAAGUCACAGGACAAGUGGGAGAGGGUACAUGUUCUUCAAAAGCAUGAUCAAAUUGUUUCUGGGAUAGACUGGAGCGCAAGGUCAAACAGAAUUGUCACUGUAUCUCAUGACCGGAAUUCAUAUGUUUGGAACCAAGAAGCAGCAGAAUGGGUACCUACUCUUGUCAUCCUUAGGCUAAACCGUGCUGCACUUUGUGUUCAGUGGAGUCCAAGAGAAAACAAGUUCGCUGUUGGAAGUGGGGCUAAGACAGUUUGUAUAUGCUAUUACGAGCAAGAGAAUAACUGGUGGGUCAGUAAACUUAUCAGAAAAAGACAUAAUUCUUCUGUGACGGGUGUUGCUUGGCAUCCUAAUAACAUUCUCCUUGCAACAACAUCAACUGAUGGAAAAUGUCGAGUAUUCUCUACCUUCAUUAAAGGUGUUGAUACAAGGGAUUCAAGAACAGGCUCUUCUUCAGAUGCAAAAUUUGGAGAGCAAAUUGUUCAGCUUGAUCUCUCAUUUUCGUGGGCAUUUGGUGUGAAGUGGUCUCCAAGUGGCAAUACCUUAGCUUAUGUAGGUCAUAAUUCUAUGAUUUACUUCGUUGAUGAUGUUGGUCCUUCUCCUUUAGCUCAAAAUGUUGCAUUUCGCGAUUUGCCUCUCCGUGAUGUCUUAUUUGUUUCUGAGAGAAUGGUUAUAGGUGUGGGAUUUGACUGCAGCCCAAUGGUUUUUGCAGCAGAUGGAAGUGGAAUAUGGAGCUUUAUCAGAUUUCUUGGUGAAAGGAAGGCCUCAUCUUCAAGUGCAAGAUAUGGUUCACAGUUUUCUGAAGCAUUUGGAAAAUUAUAUGGUCAAUCAAAACAAGGAGUGGGCAAUGAUGCAAUUGAACCUUCGAGAACCCGGGGAGGCAUUCAUGAGAACUGCAUAAAUGCUAUUGCGCCACUUACGGAGGAUGGGGAUUCCAAGGUGACGCGCUUCAGCACUUCAGGAUUGGACGGGAAAAUUGUUAUAUGGGAUUUGAAGAACCAAGAAGACCUAUCUGUAUAUUUAUAGAUAGACAGUGCCAUCAGUGGUGAAUGUAUUGCCCAAGUUUUAGUUACUUUUGAACCCAUAGAUGUCUUUGUAAUUAUUUUGUCUUUUGAGCCACUUCUGACAUUUUCUACAUUUGUAAACCCACUGAAGCUCAAUUUCUAGCCCUGCCUAUCCAAUUCUAUUACUUCACCCGUUGUAUUUUGCUAUACUAGCUGUUAAAAAAUAUUUUUGUUUUGAUUUUGUA